ACAUGAACAGUAAGUUGAGGCCUCAGUCAAAUCAAUACUCCUUUGGGACGUGAAUACAGUCAGCGCGUACGGUAAAUUCAUUCAGAUAUCACCUCAGUAUAUCAAUACGGGGAAAAGAAGAACGAGUAAUUGAAACACUGGGGCAAAGCGAAAGAUAAAUAAGCAAGCUGCUGAAUAUGCAAUGCUCCUAGAGCGUCAACAACAUGGCCCUUGAAUGACUUGGGUGGCUGAAGCAUCACGUCUUUGAUGGCUGUGUGCAAGAGCCGGUCUUUGAUGGCGUUUCCCUCGACGCAUUCCCAACAACCGUCGACGAGCUGCCACAAUUCACAUUACGCUCCGCUCGCCCAACAAGAAACACAACCGGACAAACCAAUUGGUUAUGGAGCGUUCGGCGUAGUGUGGUCUGUGACGGAUCCAAGAAAUGGAAAGAGGGUCGCUUUGAAGAAGAUGCCGAACGUUUUUCAGAGUCUCACUUCAUCGAAAAGAGCCUACCGGGAACUUAAGAUGUUGUGUUUCUUCACACAUAACAACGUACUCUCUGCUUUGGACAUAGUUCACCCUGGUCACAUAGAUUUCUUCCAAGAGAUACAUAUAGUUUCAGAAUUGAUGCAAUCAGAUUUGCACAAAAUCAUUGUAUCGCCACAACCACUUAGUUCAGAUCACGUUAAAGUUUUCCUAUAUCAGAUUCUAAGAGGACUUAAAUAUCUUCACUCUGCUGGGAUAUUGCAUAGAGACAUUAAACCUGGAAAUUUAUUAGUCAAUGGCAAUUGCCUUUUAAAAAUAUGUGAUUUUGGUCUUGCUCGUCUUGAAGAACCUCAUGAAAGUGCAAUCAUGACACAAGAGGUUGUUACUCAGUAUUACAGGGCACCUGAACUGUUAGCUGGGGCUACUAACUAUGGUCAAGCAGUGGAUGUGUGGUCAGUCGGGUGCAUUUUUGCUGAGCUCUUGAGUCGAAAUAUCCUUUUCCAAGCACAAAGUCCUGUUCAGCAGCUUAACCUUAUCAUUGAUUUGUUGGGAACACCAAGUUUGGAUGACUUAUGCCGAGCUGGUGCCAGCGAAGGAGCUACUAAAUACAUUCUUCAGAAAGGGCACAAGGCACCUGCCUUAGCUAGUUUAUAUAAUCUCUCUAAUCAAGCAACACAUGAAGCUGUUCAUUUGCUCUGUAGAAUGCUGGUGUUUGACCCUACACAGCGUAUAACUUGUACAGAUGCAUUAUCCCACCCUUAUCUUGAUGAAGGAAGGUUAAGAUUUCACACGUGUAUGUGCAGUUGCUGUCACACAACAUCAGAUGGGCGGCAGUAUGUUUCAGACUUUGAGCCUGUAUGCCAAACAACUUUUGAUGAUUCUUAUGAAACUAAUCUCUACACCAUUUCUCGUGUGAAAGAGUCUCUUUACAAGUUUAUAACAGAUCGUCAUCAGAACACCAUUCCUUUGUGUAUCAAUGUAGCUUCUCCUUCUUUUAGAAGUUUUCAAAGUUCUGGAGUAGCUCCACAGCCAGAACAGCAGAGUUCUCCCCAGUUGUGGUAGUCGCUAUCCUUUUUAUCAACUAGUCAUAAAAAUUUUAAGAAUCAAGCUUCUUAGUUUUGAAGGGAAGCAGAUUUUCCAAAUCAAGACCAUUUGUUAACAGUGUGGUGUGGGACUUCUCCAGGAAUUCUUUUGAUCCACUCCAUUUCUUUGCAUAUAGGUAAUAAGAAUUUUAUAGGAACGGUGGAAGAUAUUAUCAUGUAUUCAAUAUUUGCAGCUACAUUCAUCGCUUCAGCAAAUUGUAUAGGCCAAAUUAUCAAUGAUUUAUGAAAAGGACAGUCCAUUUUUGUCUGAGAAACAAUUUUCCAGUAACUUUUAUUGCACUGGGCCUUCAUGUUGUAGUUAAGACUAGAGAAGUUGACAUGGAGGGCAAAGUUUUAUUGUUUAAUGAUUUCUGUUGAGUUUUAAAAUGUUCUAGACUUUACAGGGUUUAAAAACUCUUUGAAUCAAGGGUAAGCAAAGUGUAAUUUCCUCCAAUUAAUUCUUACACCAUUAAAUAGAGGAUAUAACAUUUAUCAGCUGCAUUGUAUUGUCCUGAUGCAAUUGAGUAUUAGACAUUUUCAAACAAGUAACUGGCAGAUGUUAGCAGUCAAAGGUUAUGUAACUUGAAUCGAAAGAAAAAUGAAUUCAUCAUAAAUGAUUGUAGGAACUUCUCUGGUACAAUUUUAUGGAUUUUUUUGGAAAUUUUUCUUGGUGGACCUUGCUAAACUGUGUUGGAUUAAGUUUAUCCCAUUUUAACCAUUUAUCAGAUAAACUAGUUCUUUACUGCUGCUGUUUAGAAAUAUUAUAACUAUUAUUAUUAUUGUUAUUAUUACUGAUAUUAUUGUUAUUAUUAAUGAUAUCAUUAUGUAAAUAUUUUUGUGUUUGGAAACUUCUUUCAGAAUUGAAGAUUCUUCAACUUCUCUUUACUUUAAAUUUUUUUGUUUUUGGGUCCAUUGUUUGGGAGAGCUGUACACAAUUUCAACACCGCAUUAAGUUAGUAAAAAAUAGAAAUAUUUUGCUUUUUCAGAUAGUGAGUUUACUACUUCAAAGCCUUACAACAUUAAAAAAACAAUUUUUUCUGAAAAUUCACUAAAAUUUUUUCCUCUCACUUUAUAUUGACUAGUACAAAAUUUGCAUCGUGCAAGAAACAUUUUUUCAAAGUUUCCUUUUAGCUAUUUACAUGGAGAGUAGAUAAAUGUAGUCAUUCUUCAAAGUCAAGACAACUUUCCUAGCAGACAUUCUGAAAAUCACAAUAUGGAAUGUUCCACGUUGUUGUAAGGUUGUGAGAAGUUAAGUCUGAGACAUUGUAUUGUCUGCCUAAUAACUUGUGGACUAAUAGGAUCCUCAUCAACAAUUAAGUUCUAGUUGUGUAACUGUUGUCACUGUCUGAAUGUGAUAAUGAUGUGCUUGUUGUGCAGGUCGUAGUAUGUUACUUUUUUCCCAUCUCUAUUUGAAGUGGUUUCACAAAGUUCCCAUUUUUAUAAUGAUAUCUGUUGUAAAUUGGAAAACUGUGUUUUUUCAGGUAACAAAUAACUAGAUAACUUUUUUUCUCAUAAUUUUCAAUUUGUUUAUUUGCUUUUUUUAUUACUUUUUAAGACCCCUCACCCGGUUGGAAUGGUCAUCCUUUCAUUUCUAAGAGUGCCAAGUAAAUUCGAAUUCCUGUUAUCGUUUUACCGCCGCUCAAAGACGCUGUUUGGCAGCUCUUACGGGAAAGAUCACCUUUCCAGUUAAAAAGGUUUUCAAAAUUUACCUUUGAAAUUAUGACAACGGAAAGUUAACGCAAAUAUUCGUUAAUGUAAAAGAUACAGGCGGACUCCGAUUGCAAAUGAUGAGCCAACUAAGGGUGGAAUUUAAUUUUUUAUUUACUUGAAAAAUUUGGUACUAUUGGUCUGUAGUUGUCACUCUAGAAAUGAAAGGACCCAGCCUGAUACAAACACUAACUGCAACACUUGCUUCCAGACUUCGACGAGUCGUAAUUAUUUCUUCUUAAAUAGAGGCCUAUAGUAAGGAAGGGCAGUUAAGAUGCUGUGGCUAAUUAAGCUAUCAUUUACUGUACAUGAAUCGGAUGUCUUUAUUGAUUCCGCUCUUUGUCCAUUUUCGCGUUUUAAUCUAUGGAAAGCUUAGGGUAUGUCGAGUCUGUAAGGAAACUACAGAUAUGUGUAAGGGGACUACUUGAAUUUAUCUUUUUCCUUUUUUUAUCAUUUAUUUAUUUAUUUCCUUAAGUGAAGUCAAUAUUUAUAUAUAUACAUAUAUGUGCUUUUGCAAGAGGCUUUGCUGUGCCAAAGCUCGAAAUGUGCAUCAGGUAACGGCCUAGUGAACGAGCCGCUCUUGUUGUUUAGCGAAAUGAAUUGCAAAAAUGGCGCUGAUGGCAAGAAAAUAAAAGAUAAAUUUUAUACAUUAU